AUGGACGCCAUGGACGCGCAGCUGCUGGAGCUCGACGCGCAGAUGGACCACAAGAGCCUGUUCGUGGACGCGUUCCAGUACUUCGGGCAGGAGAGCAGCUACUCCUCGCUGGAGGAGGACGUCAAGCCCGAGCUGGUGCCGGGCGGACUGCCGCACAUGAUUCCGGGCUCCAGGCGCUUCGCCACCCCCAGCCCGCCCCUGGGCCCGCCCCUGGCCCUGGAGACGGCCGCCGCGAGCGACGCCGUCGGCCAGCCGCAGAGCAUCCUGCUGCACACGGGCGCCAACGUGGUGGACAUGGUGUCGGGGGUGACGUGCAGCGGCCUGGGGCUGGGCGCGAUCGCCCGCCUCCACGACAGGGACGUCGUCAGCGACCUGAACAGGACCUGCAGCUCUGCGGCGGACCAGCGGCCCGCCUUCGGCCAGCACCAGGGCAACUUCGGCCACCUCCUGCGGCAGCGCCCCGCGUCGCACGGCGGCGAGGUCUGCGCCCCGCCGUCGUCGCAGAACCUGCAGGUGGUGACGAGGCAGCGGCCGCGCAGCGAGGACCUGCACGGGCUGCGCGUCCUGGAGGGCCAGGACUACGACGACGACGACGACGAGGACGACGACGACGUGUUCCUGGACAGCAGCCACUCGUUCCGGCCGACGCCGCGGCCGCGCCUCAGCAGCAGCAACAGCAACGAGAGCGACGACGACGACCUCAGGGAGGAGGCCGUGACGGAGUGCCGCUGGUCCGAGUGCGGGCUGCAGUUCGCGGGGCGCGCGCCGCUCGUGCGCCACAUCGAGAAGGUGCACGUGGAGCCGCGGCGCGGUGAGGACUUCUCCUGCCUGUGGCGGUGCUGCCCGCGCGGCGCCAGGCCCUUCAACGCGCGCUACAAGCUGCUCAUCCACAUGCGCGUGCACUCCGGCGAGAAGCCCAACAAGUGCCCGGUCGCCGGCUGCCCCAAGGCGUUCUCCCGCCUGGAGAACCUCAAGAUCCACCAGCGCUCGCACACCGGGGAGCGGCCGUACUGCUGCCAGUUCGCGGGCUGCAACAAGGCCUUCAGCAACUCGUCGGACCGCGCCAAGCACCAGCGCACGCACUUCGACACCAAACCCUACGCGUGCCAGGUGCCGGGCUGCAGCAAGCGCUACACGGACCCGUCCUCGCUCCGGAAGCACGUCAAGAACCACAGCGGCAAGGACCACGCCCACGCCCAGGCCCGCCGCGCCGGCUCCACGGGCUCCACCAGCUCCACCGCCGACAGCGAGGCGUCCACCAACUCAGGUGGGGGCGUCGGCGACGUCGACCUGGACGACGCGCUGUUCCCGUCCGCGGACGACAUCGACCAGGCCAUCCGGGAGUUCAUCCCCUUCGACGAGGUCGGCAAAAUGCUGGCCGAACCUACGGGUGUCAGUGGUUUCGAUCUUCACGAACCUCUGGAGUUUGAUUUCGACCCCAGUUUCUGGAACUGCUCAGCCUAGGUGCUCCUUGACAGCUCGAUUUUGAUGGAGGUGGUUGUUGAUCUCAUUUUACACUAGCGAUCUCACUUGUUAUAGACGUCCUCACUCAGGGACUGCGCAUGUACAGUUAGAGUGUUAAGUAAAAAUUAAAUAAUUCAAAGUUUAUUCAGAAAUUCUAUUUUGCUUGACAGUAUUUUUAACCAAGACAUGGACUAAAUCGCGUUUAUUUUAUUUGUUGUUGUUGUACUCUAUAAAGUUUUCAAAUAUUGUUCGAGGUUGAUUGAAGUCUGAAGCCGAGAAGGAGACCUUCCGCUGGUGAUAAUGCUUUCCUUGAUCUCAUGGGAGUUGUAGCUUUCACGCAUCGACACAGAGUCGUGGUGAUAGUGAGUGUUUUUCUUAGUGUUUUUAUUUUAUAUCUUCGUUUUGUACAUACUGUAGAUCGCGUAUCGGUGAAAACAUUUCUUUGUUUGAUUUUGGCCUCUCCCCAUGUGGUGAUUUUCUAAAAGACUGUGAUAUGUCAGGAUUCAAAUCAAUAACAAUCUGCAAUGGU